AUGAGUUUCCUCGAUUCCAUUCUCUCGUCUAUCCAGACGGGUAAGCCCUCCCAACUUCCGGUGACUCAGGUGCCUACCUCGCCUGCACCUGCUUCAAUCCCCAAAAAGGAGGAUCGCAAACCGACCGCUGUGCGACGGCCGCCUCCAACCAGCGGGAAUGUCAGUGGAGGGAUCAAGCGCAAAGCUGAUGACCAGCUGCCUCGCCCACCAAAACCUGAAAACAAGGUGGCAAAUAGCUCCGCCGCAAUGAGGCCUACACUUCCCACGAGGCCAGCGGUAUCAUCAGUACCACCCAGAGUUGUAUCCAAGCCAAAUCUUCCGACCACCUCCAGGCCAACCAUGCCUAAACCCACCCCCAAACCCAGCUUGUCUGCGGCGCCAAAAGCGAUACCCCCACGGAAGGAGCCCGACCCCAAGCCCACAUCCGCAGGCGCUGCCACAACCUCGAAGCCGCCACCAAAGGGAUCAUUUGCGGAGAUCAUGGCGCAGGCAAAGGCUAAGCAAGAGACGGCGCCUGUGGGAGUAGGGUUGCUACGACACCAACCCGGCUCCAAAGAAAGACUUACCAAAGUGGAGCGCAAGCGGCGCAUGAUGGAACUCCAGGCCAAGGAAAAAGAAGCGCGUUUAGGAAGGAAGGCUGGAUCCGGUGUCUCUGCUAAGGGUAAGCCUGCUGUCCGGCAGCGCGAUUCCGAGGGACCCUCAUACAAGGGGACGGCCAAACCGACGCAAACUCCCGAACCGCUUACCUACCGUGGUACCGCGGGCCUGCCGUCAAAUCGUGGUGGAAAUGACCGUCGACACCAGUCUCGCAACCGACAAAAUGAAUAUCUCGGAACUGACGAAGAAGAUGAGGGCGACCUCGGUGGCUACGACGAUUACUACUCUGAUGCGUCGUCCGACAUGGAGGCUGGAAUGGAUGAUGUAGACCGCGAAGAGGCGGCUGCAUUGGCAUUUGCUAAACAGGAAGACGAGAAAGAGCUACGGCAAGAAAUGGCGGCUAAGAAAGAGAAGUUGGAGCGCCAGCGGAAAUUGGCCGCUCUUGCUUCUAGGAGCAAGCGUUGA